AUGCCUGCAAUUUUUUUCCUUCCAUCCUCACUUUUCACCUCUCCACACCCACACCCACAGAAACAUCACGUCUUUUCCACCAUUCUGCCUACAUUUGACCAGCCUUUUGAUUACCUACUGUGCCAAAAUGGACGCUUUCUAAGCGACUCGUCUCGACACGCUUCGUCUUUCUCUCAAGAGACAGACAUCAUUGAUCCCACGGGAACUUCGUCUUUUUUCUCCCCUCAACAACCCCCUUCAGAGUCUCCUGUCCCAGGACCUCUGAACUUCAGCAGCUUUCCCGCUAGCUCAAGUUCUCCCAACAACCUUUACCCGGUCGACUUUAAGUCUUCCACCACGGAUACCUUCCAGCAACCAUGGCUUCCCUCACCCCCGCCCAAGCAGCCACAGGCUCCCAGUUCGAACAACAACAGCAACAGCAACAACAACAACAGUGCGCUAGAGGACUUUGUGCUCUAUCCCGCUCCGUCAGCUUCUCGUCCGCAGCCUCGCCCCAGAGACUUGCGUGCGCCAGCACCCUCGAGUACUGCCCUUAAGCCGUCGGCUCUUCAGCCCUUUCUGGCCCAGAACAACCCUCGAAGACAUUCCUUCGGUCUGCAGUUGCACCGUCACCUCCAGCAACAGUUCUCUGGUUCUCCCGCUCCGGACCCCAGAGUCAACCAGUUUGCCCAGUCUCCUUCCUACUGGUCUCCAUCCAACUUGAAGCACUCUCCGCACCCUCAGGCGGCUUCCGUGCCUUCAUACUCGCCUAAUAAUCGCCCUCCCGUCCCGCCUUUUCACGCCGGAAACACCGAUCUUGCCGCUCUCACGAAAUACAAACAACGCAUGUUGGCAUAUCGUCGCAAUAUGUCCACCCCGAACUUCCAAGACAACGACGCCGAACUCUUCGGCCUGCCCUCGACCGGCCUCCACACCGGCAUGGGUUCACCGCUCGACCUCGGUCAGCUCCCGCUGGGUCCCGAGGCCGAUGCUGCCUUCUCCCCCGUCGCUCCAACGGGCACAAUCUCGCCCAAGGAUCUGAUGUUCGACGGCUCCGUGCCUUCUUCAGGCACCUUUACGGAUCUGAGCACUCCUCCAUAUGACUCGCCCGCCACAUUCAGUCAGAACCCGUCUCCCCUGUUCACUGAUGUGGACUACAUGGGCCAAGAGGAAUGGGCCCCGCUUUUCCACGAUGCUUCGACCGCCGGCAACGUCUUCGACGCUCAGUUCGAUGUUGCCGCUGCUCUCGCUGAGCCCCAGCAAAAGCCCGAGCCAACUCCCAUGUCUCCCGCUCACAAGCGCGUGACCUCUGCAAAGGCCUCGCCCAUUCCCGCGACCGGUACCACCAAGCACUCCAGUGUCUCUGGCAUUAGCCGUUCGCGCAAGGAGCUGUCACCGAUCGACUUCGAUCCGACGGACCCGGUUGCCGCCAAGCGUGCGCGCAACACUGAAGCCGCUCGCAAGUCUCGCGCUAAGAAGCUGGAGCGCCAAGCCAAUGCCGAGCGCACUAUCAGCGACCUGCGUCAGCAGAUCGCCGACCGUGACGAGACUAUUGCCAAGCUUCAGGCUCAGCUCCGUAUCCAGGAAAACUUCGAGUGA